AUGGAUGGACACUCUCACAACAGGAUUUACCAGGAGGGCUCUGAGGCCAGUGCUGCUGUGGUGGCCGUGGAAACCCACACCAUCCACAAGCUGGAAGAAGGGAUUGAUCCCAGCACCAUCGAAACGAAUGAGGACAUUGAGAUCGCCUACCCCAUCACCUGUGGGGAGAGCAAAGCCAUCCUGCUCUGGAAGAAGUUUGUCUGUCCAGGGAUUAAUGUCAAGUGUGUGAAGUUCAACGACCAACUGAUCAGCCCAAAGCAUUUUGUUCACCUGGCUGGGAAGUCCACCCUGAAGGACUGGAAGAGAGCCAUUCGCCUCGGUGGGAUCAUGCUCAGGAAGAUGAUGGACUCGGGCCAAAUUGACUUCUACCAGCAUGACAAGGUGUGCACCAACACCUGCCGAAGCACCAAGUUCGACCUGCUGAUCAGCAGCGCCAGGGCGCCGGUGCCGGGGCAGCAGAGCAUGGUGCAGACCCCAACCUCAGCUGAUGGGAGCAUCACCCAGAUUGCACUGUCAGAGGAGAGCAUGGAGGAGGGGAUUGAGUGGAACUCAGCCCUGACAGCUGCUGUCACCAUGGCCACUGAGGAGGGCGUGAAGAAGGACACAGAGGAGAUCUCGGAGGACACCCUGAUGUUCUGGAAAGGAAUAGCUGAUGUGGGGCUGAUGGAAGAGGUUGUGUGCAACAUCCAGAAGGAGAUAGAAGAAGUCCUAAGAGGUGUCCAGCAGAGGUUGGGCCAGUCUCCCUUCCAGAUGACAGAUGCUGCAGUCCUGAACAACGUUGCCCACACCUUUGGCCUGAUGGACACAGUCAAGAAGGUUCUGGACAACAGGAAAAACCAGACAGAGCAAGGAGAGGAGCAGUUCCUCUACACACUGGCAGACCUGGAGCGGCAGCUGGAAGAGCAGAAGAAACUGGCCAAGGACCAGAAGGCUAAAUCCCAAACCAUCCAGAACGUGGUGCUGAUGCCUGUCAGUGCCCCCAAGCCCCCCAAGAGGCCCCGGCUGCAGCGCCCGGCCUCGGCCACCGUCCUCAGCCCCUCCACCCCCCUCCAGCAGCCCCAGUUCACCGUCAUCUCCCCCAUCGCCAUCGCCCCCGUGGGACAGCAGUUCUCCGUGGGCAACAUCCCCGUGGCAACCAUCAGCCAAGGCUCCAGCCCCGUGACUGUCCACACCUUGCCUUCUGGCUCCCAGCUCUUCCGUUACGCCACCGUGGUGUCCUCCUCCAAGACCAGCUCCUCCGACGCCGUCACCCUCCACCCCUCCUCCAGCCUGGCGCUGCUCAGCUCGGCAGCCAUGCAGGACAGUGGCAACCUGGCCAACGUGGCAACGGUGGUCAACCCCGUGGAACUGGUGGCCAUGGAGUCUGGGCUCACCUCCACCAUCCAAGCUGUGGAAGGCACCUCAGAGGAUGGACAAACCAUCAUAGAGAUUGACCCGGCGCCCGAUCCCGAAGCGGAGGCGGAGGAGCCGGAGGGGAAAGCUGUGAUCCUGGAGACAGAGCUGAGGACUGAGGACAAAGUGGUGGGAGAUGUGGAGGAUCAUCAGCACCAGGUCCAUAACGUGGAGAUUGUGGUCUUGGAGGACUAG